UGUAACACGAAAACAAGUUGAGUGGCGAUUCUGAGCGUGCUGUUAUUAACAAAAAACUCGAUAUUGAGCUAAUAUUGAGAAUUUUUUAUCAGACGAUCAAAACUGUAAAUUAGGGCUAUUAAAUAGAAACGUCAUUCAUUUCAGUUAAAGUAAAUGAAACAAAUUGUAGAAAGACGUUGACUUCAUUCACCACCCCCAGAAAGUGCUUCACACUUUUUCACAACAAUAUGGCGGUCAAUUCACGGCUGUGUUAAGCGUGUAGUUAGAUGUAGCUAUUUUCAGGAAUCGUCAGGAGUAUUUGCGGUAUUCCAACAGACAGUGUUGUCUUCAAGCAAAUUCAGAUUAUUAUUGUUGUUGUAGUAGGCAGCAAAGACAAAGGACGAAAUGAGCAACAUAUACAUUCAGGAGCCACCGACGAAUGGCAAGGUACUGAUAAAGACAUCAGGCGGUGACAUUGACGUGGAGCUGUGGUCCAAAGAGGCACCAAAGGCAUGCAGAAAUUUUGUCCAGCUUUGCAUGGAAGGUUACUAUGAUGGCACAAUAUUCCACCGUGUGGUGCCGGAUUUCAUUGUUCAAGGGGGGGAUCCCACAGGCACAGGGACCGGUGGGGAGUCCGUGUUCGGGCGACCCUUUAAGGAUGAGUUCCACUCAAGACUGCGCUUCAAUAGGAGAGGUUUGGUUGCCAUGGCGAACGCAGGGCCUCAUGAUAACGGCAGCCAAUUUUUCUUCACUCUUGGCCGUGCCGACGAGCUCAACAACAAGCACACUAUAUUUGGAAAGGUGACUGGUGACACUGUGUACAACAUGCUGAGAUUAGCGGAAGUGGAGUGUGACAGUGAUGAAAGACCAUUAAAUCCACACAAGAUCCGCUCCACUGAGGUUUUGCAUUCCCCAUUUGAUGACAUCAUUCCCAGGGAAAUUAAAAAGGCAAAAAAGGAGAAAGACAAAGACGAAGGAAGGAAAUCUCAGUCCAAAGCAACAAAGAACUUCAGCCUGCUGUCUUUUGGAGAGGAGGCAGAAGAAGAGGAAGAGAUGGUGAAUAAAGUCAGCCAGACAAUGAAAGGCAAGAGCAAGAGCAGCCAUGAUUUACUGAAGGACGACCCCAGGUUAAGCUCGGUGCCUGCCAUCAACAGGAAAGAAUCCAAACAAGAAGCAGGAGACUCAUCAGGGGGAGUGGACGAGGAAGACGAAGGAGACACAGACGAAGAUGAAGACGAUGCUGCAGGGAGGGCGGAGAUGAGGGAGCGAAUCUCGAACAAGCUGAAAAAAGAGAAAGUUGAGGAGAAGAAGGCCGAGCCCGCAGAAGAAGAGCGGAGUCAGAAGACAAGCCGCAGUGAUGAACUGCGUAAAGAAGCUCGCCAGCUAAAGAAGGAGCUCCUGGCCAUCAAGCAGAGGCGGGAAGACCACGCCAAAACCGAGGAGGAGAACACGGAAGAUGACAAGAAGGCCCCGAACCAGGCAGUUGCGGAGUACUUGGAGGGGAGGAAGAAAUACGAGGAUCUGAGGAAACAGAAGCUGAAGAAGGGGUCCUCCAGGGAGCAGCAGACGCUGGCCCUUUUGGAUCGCUUCAAGUCCAAGCUCUCGAACGCCAUCACUGAGGCCCCGGAAGUCCCAGAGGCGGACGUUGAGGAGCUGGGAGAAGACGAUGACAAAGGAUGGAUGGCCCACGUGCUGCACUUUGACGAGCAAACCAGGAAAGUGAAGGACGCCAAUAUGCAGGAUGAGGACACCUUCGAGAUCUAUGACCCGCGCAAUCCCGUCAACAAGAGGAGGAGAGAGGAGAGCAAGAAGCUCAUGAAGGAGAAAAAAGCGAGGAGGUGAGGGCAGGGCCAGGGUUUACACCCCCCCCCCUGUCUUAGAGCACGCCCUCCUUCAACCCCUCCUCAUACGGACGACAGAGACAAUUGCGGAAUAUGGAGCUUCAGUCAUGUUUUUUUUUUUUUUUUGGUUGGUUUAUUUGUUACCCCUGCUCUGUAGAGUUAACUAUGGGCCUCUUACGGAGGCAGUUUCUGAGUGACAUUGCUGACUUUUACAGCGUACAUAGCAUUUAACCCUGUAUUGCAGAUGCCUUACCCAUAUGUGAAUGGGGCAUUCCCUUUACCGCUUACUUCAGCGAGGUCAACUGUAAAAUGAGGUGAAUGUCGCACAGAAAUACUUGCCACCAGUUUUUAUGCAAUUGCUCACUGGUCUGCUGAAAUGUGCUCUUUGGUUUGCUGGAAUUUACCUCGAUGUCCAUGUGGAAUUUUGAGUCAGGAAUAUUUGUCUAUAUUCUCGUCACAUUUGUAUUGCAUUGGCAUUUCUUACAGGAAGUAGUCAUGUGAAAUAAACAUCGAGAACAUGCAGCAAAAAGAAUAGGCCCAAUUACAAUUUGAA